CGUGGGGGUAGGGGGAGGAAAGAGUCUUUAGUUUUCUGUUGUGAUUUGGUUUUUUAAGUCCCAAAUAUGUUGCUAGUCUUAUGGUCAUUAAAUAUUGAAUUUUUCAUAAAAGGAUUCUUGAAAUUUUGAUUUUUGAACAUUUAAUAAUUCUCUGUCUUAGUGAGGGAGAGAUUACAUGGAUAUGAAUUGAAAGAGUCUCCUUUUUUUGUGGGUCUGAUCAUUUACUUCCCAAAAAAAGUGCCAUUUUUAUUUAUUUGAGAGAUUAGCUACUAUAACGCAAACUCAAAACAGCCUUGGUGAUGAUCUCUAUCCAACUCCACAUACUUAGAUUUCUAAAUCUUUUUUUCUCUUUUCUUUGAUCUGGGGUUCUGCUUUACUGUAUUUUGAACUUGAUAUACUAACUGUUUACUUGAUCUUGCACUUUAAUCAGUGAAUUUUACAAAAUUUUACUCAAUGGAAGAAUAUCAAGAUUUGAAGUACUUUUGCAAGUUGUGUAACAAGAGGUUUCCAUGUGGUAAGUCAUUUGGUGGUCACAUGAGGUCUCAUGUACUAGCAAAUCCAGCUAAAUUAAAUCAAAAAGUUGAGUUCAAACAGAAAAAGUUGCAAUCUUGGAGUACUGAUAAUGGUGGGAAGAAUAAUAGCCAGAGAGAUCAUAAAUCAUCACAGUUUGAACUAGGUGAACAUUCUGGUUAUGGACUUAGAGACAACCCCAAAAAAACUUGGAGGGCUUCCGAUUCGCGGUCAUCCCCUUUGUUGCCUCAAGAGAAUGUUUGUCAACAAUGUGGUAAGGUUUUUCAAUCACUUAAAGCGUUGUGUGGCCACAUGGCGUGUCACUCAGGCAAAGAUAGGGGCUCGAAAGAUGAUCACUCGUGGACGAGCGAAAACAAGAAUUUGUUGAUUGAUAGCAACUCGGAUACUGAAGCUGAGGAGCCAAGGCUGAGGAGCAGAUCAAAGAUUACUAAAAGGUACAAUAAACUUGUAGCUGCUAAGUCUUCUUCAAUUUGCUUGGUUAACAAUAAUAGAAGUGUUUCCUCAUCGGUUUCUGAGAUUGAUGAGCAAGAUCAAGAGGAAGUAGCUAAGUGUUUGAUGAUGUUGUCUAUGGAUUCCGGGAUUUGGCAUGGUGUCAAUUCAGUUGUUGAGUCUUCUGACAACAAUUCUGUUAUUUUGGAGACAAAAUCAUCAUCUGUCGACAUGAAAAUAGCUAGAAAGGAUAGUUUAAAAUGUGCUGACAAUGUAGAUGAAGCACAUCGAAGGUGCAAAAAAAAGGCGGUCAGAAACUUGAAACUUAGUGUUUUGAAUACUGAAGCUCAAUCUGAAAACUCUGAUUCCGGGUACUUUUUAGUUGAAUCAGAUGCAUCUGUUGAUGAGUUCCAUAGAAACGGUAACUGCCAAUGGAAUACGUCUAACAAGAGCCUUGGAGUUUUGCGCGAUGAGUCUAGAAGAGACACAGAAAAGGGCUUAAACAGAACAAAAAAGUACAUAACAGAAAUAAGGAAUGGAUCAACCAAGGAAUAUAAAUAUGAUAGCUAUGGAAUGGCUUCAACUUUGGUUAAGAGUGAAUCAAAAAAGAGAACUAAGGAUAGUUCUUAUGACACAGAAUUAGGAAAUGAGUCGUCGUAUAGAAAGAUAAAGGUCGGUUUAAAAGUUCCUGAAGGAUACAAACAAACUCAGAAAAAGAAAAAGUACGAGUGCUUCAACUGCAAGAAGACUUUUAGCUCUUAUCAGGCUCUUGGUGGACACCGACCCUGCAACAAAAAAGCCAAUGCCUAUUUCGAAUCAACAUAUGAUCAAAUCGUUGAGAAUAGUCGUGAUGCUGAUAAUGGUCCUAAUUACAUAGACAAGGGAAAGCAUAGGGAGACAUUCAGCAAUAAACCGGCUGCUCGUGCUCAAGAUGUCGUUUACAAUCCUGAAAAGAAGAUGAAGCCUAAGAAAUUUAAAGGACACGAAUGCCCGUUCUGUAACAGGAUGUUUAAGUCUGGCCAAGCUUUAGGUGGCCACAAAAGGUCACAUUUCCUUGUUGGUUCUCAGGAGAAUCACAAUCAAGCUUCAACAGUCAAAGGAGAAUUUGCUGAUUUACUUGAUCUUAACCUUCCUGCUCCUGUUGAGGAUGUGAACGGUGAACCUGCCUUUGCACAUUGGUAGUUUGUUAUAAAAAAAAAAAAAUGCGCGAUAUUUGCUCGUAAGCUGAUUUUUAUUAGGCAGAAGCAGUGGUAGAUUACAUGGACAACAAGCAGGUCUAGUUUCUCACUUGUCAUCUCUGCAUUCUUUGUAAUCGGUUGUAUGAACCUUACAUUACUGCUUCAAGUUUUUUCUAGUUAAGUUCAUUCAUUUCUUCAACUUUGAGACAUUCUCAUGUCCAUGUUUUUUGUUAUUUCUAUACUUAAUGUUCUCAUUUUAAAGACUAGUUUUCCCUUCUGUUUUGUCAUUUGAAAAAAUCCAAGGAAGUUGUUAACAUGC